ACCGGCAUUUGUCACAAUAUGCAAAUUGUUCGCUAUCUAAUCGCCUUGGUCUUCUCCGUUUUCAUGGUGGCCACAUCGCUGAAGAUCGAGGAGCGCUACCGGCGGUGCAAUGGCUACAAGAUUUCCACCCCGGAUCGAUUGGUCAUCCAAAUGGAACGGCGGGGUUUAAAGUGCCAGUCCAAAAACCUGGAGAAGAGGCGUUUACAAGUUUAAAAACAGAAAACGGGAAAACCUGACGGAAAUCCGAGGACCCUAGGGCCGAAAAUCAGUGAUAUGGAAUUCAGAACUCUAUUCCGAGUCAGCUCAAUGGAAAAAGGAAGGAUACUGCCUCAGAGGCAACAUUAAAUUUUAAGCUAAGCUCAAAUUAGUAAUCAAAUCUUUUUUUAGUUCUAUAAAUGUGAUUAAAAUUUACUAAGAUUCAAUUGUCAAUUCAUUUAAACUGCUAAGCACAA